UCCUGCCCCUUCCCCUGCCCCUGGGCCGCCAGGAUGGAGGCGGGGUCGGGGCCCCCGGGCGGUCCGGGAUCCGAGAGCCCCAACCGGGCGGUGGAGUACCUGCUGGAGCUGAACAACAUCAUUGAGAGCCAGCAGCAGCUGCUGGAGACCCAGCGGCGGCGCAUUGAAGAACUGGAGGGCCAGCUGGACCAGCUCACCCAGGAGAACCGCGACCUGAGGGAGGAGAGCCAGCUGCACCGCGGGGAGCUGCACCGGGACCCCCACGGCGCGCGGGAUAGCCCCGGCCGCGAGAGCCAGUACCAGAACCUGCGCGAGACCCAGUUCCACCACCGCGAGCUGCGGGAGAGCCAGUUCCACCAGGCGGCCCGGGACGUGGGCUACCCGAACCGAGACGGCGCCUACCAGAACCGGGAGGCAGUGUAUCGGGACAAGGAGCGGGACGCCGCCUAUCCGCUCCAGGACACUACCGGCUACCCAGCCCGCGAGCGCGACGUGGCCCAGUGCCACCUGCACCAUGAGAACCCAGCCCUGGGUCGCGAGCGUGGCGGGCGGGAGACCGGGCCAGCGCACCCGGGCCGCGAGAAGGAAGCCGGCUAUUCGGCGGCGGUGGGCGUGGGGCCCCGGGCACCACGGGAGCGGGGCCAGCUGAGCCGUGGCGCAUCCAGGAGCUCCAGCCCCGGGGCGGGCGGCGGCCACAGCACCAGUACCAGCACCAGCCCGGCCACAACCCUCCAGAGAAAAUCUGAUGGUGAGAAUUCCAGGACAGUCAGGUCCACAGCGUCUCACACUCUACACCAGUAUUGCUGUCCUACUCAGGUCCUUGACUCCAUGAAGCUUAUCCCCUCAGGCAGGCUGGCAAAGAGCAGUGUGGAGGGUGAUGCCCCAGGCAGUGACCUGAGCACAGCGGUUGAUAGUCCUGGGAGCCAACCCCCCUACCGUCUGAGCCAGCUGCCUCCCACCAGCAGCCAUAUGGGGGGCCCCCCAGCUGGGGUGGGCCUUCCCUGGGCUCAGAGAGCUCGCCUCCAGCCAGCCAGUGUCGCCCUGAGGAAGCAGGAGGAGGAGGAGAUAAAGCGCUCCAAGGCCCUAUCUGACAGCUAUGAACUCUCCACGGACCUGCAGGACAAGAAGGUGGAAAUGCUGGAGAGGAAGUAUGGGGGCUCCUUCCUGAGCCGCAGGGCUGCCAGGACCAUCCAGACAGCCUUUCGCCAGUACCGCAUGAACAAGAACUUUGAGCGGCUCCGCAGCUCAGCUUCAGAAAGCCGCAUGUCCCGCCGCAUCAUCCUUUCCAACAUGCGAAUGCAGUUCUCUUUUGAGGAGUAUGAGAAGGCACAGAACCCCGCGUACUUCGAGGGCAAGCCUGCCUCGCUGGACGAGGGUGCCAUGGCUGGUGCCCGGAGCCACCGGCUUGAACGAGGGCUCCCGUAUGGAGGCUCCUGUGGAGGGGGCAUCGAUGGUGGGGGAAGCUCCGUCACCACAUCUGGAGAGUUUUCUAAUGACAUCACAGAGCUCGAGGACUCCUUCUCCAAACAGGUAAAGUCUCUGGCUGAGUCCAUUGAUGAGGCCCUGAACUGCCACCCAUCAGGGCCCAUGUCUGAGGAGCCAGGGUCAGCCCAACUGGAGAAGCGAGAGUCAAAGGAACAGCAAGAGGACAGCUCAGCCACGUCCUUCAGUGACCUUCCCCUCUACUUGGAUGACCCAGUUCCCCCACCAUCCCCUGAGCGACUGCCCAGCACAGAGCCCCCACCCCAGGGCCGGCCUGAGUUCUGGGCGCCAGCCCCUCUCCCGCCAGUUCCUCCACCAGUGCCACCAGGGACCCGGGAAGAUGGUGCCCGUGAGGAAGGCACUCGCAGAGGUCCUGGGUGCUUGGAGUGCCGGGAUUUCCGGCUGCGGGCUGCCCACCUUCCCUUGCUUACCAUCGAGCCUCCUAGUGACAGCUCCGUGGACCUGAGUGACCGCUCAGAUCGCGGCUCUGUCCACCGCCAGCUGGUGUAUGAGGCUGAUGGCUGCAGCCCCCAUGGGACCCUGAAGCACAAGGGGCCACCAGGCAGGGCUCCGAUCCCACACCGCCACUACGCUGCCCCAGAGGGCCCAGCCCCAGCCCCGCCAGGGCCCCUGCCACCAGCCCCCAACAGUGGCACUGGGCCCAGUGGUGUGGCUGGGGGUCGGAGGUUGGGGAAGUGCGAGGCAGCAGGCGAGAACUCUGAUGGUGGAGAUAACGAGAGCCUGGAGAGCUCCAGCAAUUCUAACGAGACCAUCAACUGCAGCUCUGGCUCCUCUUCGAGGGACAGCCUGAGGGAGCCUCCAGCCACAGGACUAUGCAAGCAGACUUACCAGCGGGAGACGAGGCACAGCUGGGACUCGCCAGCCUUUAACAACGAUGUGGUGCAGAGGCGGCACUACCGAAUCGGCCUCAACCUCUUCAACAAGAAGCCAGAGAAGGGUAUCCAGUAUCUGAUCGAGCGGGGCUUCCUGUCAGACACACCGGUGGGAGUGGCUCACUUUAUCCUGGAACGGAAAGGCCUGAGCCGGCAGAUGAUAGGGGAAUUCCUAGGGAACCGGCAGAAGCAGUUCAACAGAGAUGUGUUGGACUGUGUGGUGGAUGAGAUGGACUUCUCCUCCAUGGAUUUGGAUGAUGCACUCCGGAAGUUCCAGUCCCACAUCCGGGUACAAGGCGAGGCCCAGAAAGUGGAGCGACUCAUCGAGGCCUUCAGCCAGCGGUAUUGUGUCUGUAACCCAGCCCUCGUGCGCCAGUUCCGGAACCCAGACACCAUCUUUAUCCUCGCUUUUGCUAUCAUCCUCCUCAAUACUGACAUGUACAGUCCCAGCGUCAAGGCUGAACGCAAGAUGAAACUAGAUGACUUCAUCAAGAACCUAAGAGGGGUUGACAACGGUGAAGACAUCCCCCGAGACCUCCUGGUGGGCAUCUACCAGCGAAUCCAGGGGCGUGAACUGCGGACCAAUGAUGACCAUGUGUCCCAGGUGCAGGCCGUGGAGCGCAUGAUUGUCGGCAAGAAACCAGUCUUGUCUCUUCCUCACCGUCGGCUAGUUUGCUGCUGUCAGCUCUACGAGGUGCCAGAUCCAAACCGCCCCCAGAGGCUAGGGUUGCAUCAGCGGGAAGUCUUCCUCUUCAACGAUCUCCUCGUGGUCACCAAAAUUUUCCAGAAGAAGAAGAUCUUGGUGACGUACAGCUUCCGUCAGUCCUUUCCUCUGGUGGAAAUGCACAUGCAGCUCUUCCAGAAUUCAUAUUACCAGUUUGGGAUCAAGUUGCUGUCUGCAGUACCGGGCGGGGAGCGCAAAGUCCUCAUCAUCUUCAAUGCCCCCAGCCUCCAGGACCGGCUGCGCUUCACAUCCGACUUGCGCGAGUCCAUUGCUGAGGUGCAGGAGAUGGAGAAAUACCGCGUGGAGUCGGAGCUAGAGAAGCAGAAAGGUAUGAUGCGGCCUAAUGCCUCACAGCCCGGAGGGGCCAAGGACUCAGUGAAUGGCACGCUGGCCCGCAGCAGCCUGGAAGACACAUAUGGGGCAGGCGAUGGGCUCAAACGGGGCGCGCUCAGCAGUUCCCUGCGAGACCUCUCUGACGCAGGGAAGCGGGGGCGGCGUAACAGCGUGGGAUCGCUGGACAGCACCAUCGAAGGGUCUGUUAUUAGCAGUCCACGCCCUCACCAGAGGAUGCCACCUCCACCCCCACCCCCGCCGCCAGAGGAGUACAAGAGCCAGAGGCCCGUCUCCAACUCCUCAUCUUUCCUGGGCUCCCUGUUUGGAAGCAAGCGGGGCAAGGGGCCCUUCCAGAUGCCACCACCGCCAACAGGCCAGGCUUCUGCCUCCUCUUCAUCUGCUUCUUCUACCCAUCACCACCACCACCACCACCACCAUGGUCACAGCCACGGUGGCCUGGGGGUGCUGCCUGAUGGGCAGUCCAAGCUCCAGGCCCUGCAUGCCCAGUAUUGCCAAGGACCAGGCCCUGCCCCGCCACCCUACCUCCCACCCCAGCAACCCCCUCUCCCCCCGCCUCCUCAGCAGCCCCCGCCCCUGCCCCAGCUGGGCUCCAUUCCACCACCUCCCGCCUCAGCCCCACCUGUGGGGCCACACCGCCACUUCCAUGCCCAUGGCCCAGUCCCAGGCCCCCAGCACUAUACCUUGGGCCGGCCAGGCAGGGCUCCCAGACGGGGGGCUGGAGGACACCCUCAGUUUGCUCCACAUGGCCGCCACCCCCUGCACCAGCCCACAUCCCCAUUGCCCCUGUACAGCCCUGCCCCCCAGCAUCCUCCAGCCCACAAACAGGGCCCCAAACACUUCAUCUUCAGCCACCACCCACAGAUGAUGCCAGCAGCAGGGGCCACUGGGGGCCCUGGGUCCCGGCCACCAGGGGGCUCCUAUUCCCAUCCUCACCACCCCCAGUCACCCUUGUCACCGCACUCACCCAUCCCACCCCACCCUUCCUACCCACCUCUGCCCCCACCCUCACCCCACACCCCACACUCGCCCCUGCCACCCACCUCCCCCCAUGGCCCGCUGCACGCCUCUGGGCCCCCUGGCACGGCCAACCCACCCAGUGCAAACCCCAAGGCCAAGCCAAGCCGGAUCAGCACGGUGGUCUGAUGAACAGAGGGAGUGAGCUGGGGCCCAGGGAGGUCUGGAGAAUCCACAAGAGAUCCCCCAGUUUUUCCAAAAUAUAUAUACACGUA